CAUAGAGGGGGGGGGGUCUUCCAUCCACUGGUUCACUCCCCAAUUGGUGCAGUGGACAGAGCUGUGCCAAUCCAAAGCCAGGAGCUUUCUCCGGGUCUUUCCACAUGGCUGCAGUGGCUUAAGUGCUUGGGCCAUCUUCUACUGCUUUCCCAGGGCAGAGCAGAGAGCUGGAUUGGAAGUGGAGCAGCCGGGUCUCAAACUGGUGCCCAUAUGGGAUACUGGCACUGCAGGCAGCGGCUUUAUCCGCUAUGCACAGUGCCACUCCCCCCCCCCCACUUACUCUUGAGACACUGUAUUGGGCACGCUGUACUUCCUUCAUUGUCUUUAACAGCUAUGCGUUACUCCCCCAGGACCGUCUCUCUUCCUGGCAUGCUGCUUCUCAUCCUUCGUGUUCCAGACUAAAUGAUGCAUGUUUCUUAAACCAUGCCCUUAGCUUAGAUCUCCUUAUUGUAUGCUUUCAGUGCAUUCAUUAUAUAUUUCCAAUGUAGCACUAAUUGGAAUAUAUUUACAUAUGUACACUCCAUUCACUGUAAAGCAGUAUAAGAUGUAUAGCUAUUGCCUUGUUGCUAUUAAAUACCUAACUUCUACAGACACAAUAAUUACUUGUGGAAUAAAGUUGAUACAGAUGAAACUAGUAAUUGAAAAAUUGCUAUAAAAUAGAGAAAGCGCUGUAAAUGUUUUUGAGUCUCAAAAUGUGGAAGGAAGUAGGCAUUUGCAACCCCCUGGAUCUCCCCACUGACAUGAUGUAUUAUAAUUUUUAGGACCUAUCUUGAAGUUGUAUGUUCACAGUGUUUUACAAAAUUUGGAAAACAGAAUACGAAUAGGAUAGUCCGCAUGUUUUCUGAGCAACAGGUUUUUAAGUUUGUGUGGGACAAUCACAGCAUGAUGGGGUAGGGGAAGCAGCAGCGUAACGUGGGUACAACUCAGCAAAAGUCACGAAAAGGAGAACUAUACCAGAGACAGUCGCUUUUUUCAGAUAGAAUCGCAUUUAAUUUCCCUACUUAUUGGUUUACUUAACUCGUGUAACAAGAGAAACCCCACUAGUAGCUUCACCUGGGCUUGAUUCGUGGCCAUAAAUGAUCCAACAACCAAAACCAAAAAACAAACCUUUCUCCAAGGUUUUAAAACUGCAAGCAAACGCAUGGUGGCGCUGUUGGCUAAAAAGGCGAAGGAAACCGCUGGCGUGGUACAAAUUCUGUGACGCCACGGGUUCAGCGCGGCCAUCUGGGAGACGUGAACCUGGGAAGAUUUUUCAGCAAGCCGAACUGAGCCCCGGAAAAGAAUUAUUCGCUCGGCCACCUCUAAAGGUUGAGGGGUAAAAGGCUGCUUUCCGCCGCUUUGUCUGAGGCUCCGCUUGGCGACAUUCCCUGGGAGAACAUGGCAGCGAGUGCAGUGGAAGCGGGAGGCAAACGCUUUCGGAGACAAAGGCAAGUCCUGCUUCUCUUUGUUUCUAUGGCUGGGUCUCUGGCGGGGUCCGAGUCGAGACGCUAUUCUGUGGCCGAGGAAACAGACAGGGGCUUUCUGAUAGCAAAUGUAGCGCAGGAUCUGGGGCUGAGGGCGGAGGAGCUGGCCUCUAGGGGCGCGCAGGUUACGUCCCGGGGGAGCAGACAGCCUUUGCAGCUCCACCAGCGGACCGGUGACCUGCUCCUCAAUGAGAAGCUGGACCGGGAGGAGCUCUGCGGCCCCGCCGAGCCUUGUAUCCUGCAUUUCCAGAUACUGCUGCAAAACCCUUUGCAGUUCAUUACGAAUGAGCUCCAGGUGAUAGAUGUGAAUGACCAUUGUCCGGUGUUCUUUGAAAAUGAAAUGCAACUGAAGAUCCUGGAAAGCGCUCCGCCCGGGACGGUGAUUCCUUUGGGCAAUGCCGAGGACUUGGAUGUAGGCCCGAACGGUCUGCAGAACUACACGAUCGCUCCCAGUUCCCAUUUCCACGUCCUCACCCGCAGUCGCAGAGACGGAAGGAAGUUCCCAGAACUGGUGCUGGACAAAGCGCUGGACCGGGAGCAGCAGCCCGAGCUCAGCCUGACGCUCACAGCGCUGGACGGCGGCUCUCCGCCCAGGUCCGGGACCGCCCGCAUCCACAUCCUGGUAGUGGACGUAAACGACAACGCCCCCGAAUUUGCACAGUCGCUCUAUGAGGUUCAAAUUCCGGAGAGCAGCCCCAUCAACACUGUCGUGGUCACUGUCUCCGCUUCUGAUUCAGAUGCGGGAACUUUUGGGACAGUCUCAUAUGCAUUUUCUCAUGCUUCUGAAGAAAUUCUCAAAACGUUUAAGCUCAAUCCAAUCACUGGUGCUAUGCAGCUGGUCAAAAAUCUGAAUUUCGAGGCAGUGACGACAUACGAAGUCGACGUCGAGGCCAAGGACGGGGGAGGGCUUUCGGGAAAAUCCACCGUCCUCAUUCAGGUGGUGGACGUGAACGACAACGCCCCGGAACUGACCCUGUCCUCACUCACCAGCCCCAUCCCCGAGAACUCGGGGGAGACGGUAGUGGCCGUUUUCAGCGUUUCGGACCGAGAUUCUGGAGACAAUGGGAGAGUCGUGUGUUCCAUUCAGAACGACCUCCCGUUCGUCCUGAAACCCUCUGUUGAGAACUUCUACACCCUGGUAACCGAUGGAGCGCUGGACAGGGAGGCCAGGGCCGAGUACAACAUCACCAUCACCGUGUCCGACCUGGGCACGCCCAGGCUGACCACCCGGCACCACGUCGUGGUGCAGGUGUCCGACGUGAACGACAACGCCCCGGCCUUCAGCCAGGCCGCCUACACCCUGCUGGUGCGCGAGAACAACAGCCCCGGGCUGCUCAUCGGCUCCGUGAGCGCCAGCGACAGGGACGCGGGCGCCAACGCGCAGGUGACCUACUCGCUGCUGCCGCCGCCGCAGCAGCCCGACGUGGCGGCGCUCGUGUCGGUGCACGCGGACAGCGGGCAGCUGUACGCGCUGCGCGCGCUCGACUACGAGGCCCUGCGCGCCUUCGAGUUCGGCGUGCGCGCCGCCGACCGCGGCUCCCCGGCGCUGAGCAGCGAGGCGCGCGUGCGCGUGCAGCUGCUGGACGCCAACGACCACGCGCCGGCCGUGCUGUACCCGCCGGCCAACGGCUCGGCCGCCUGCCCCGAGCUGGUGCCGCGCGCGGCCGACGCGGGCUACCUGGUGACCAAGGUGGUGGCGGUGGACGGCGACGCGGGCCAGAACGCCUGGCUGUCGUUCGAGCUGCUCAAGGCCACGGAGCCCGGGCUGUUCGGCGUGUGGGCGCACAGCGGCGAGGUGCGCACGGCGCGGCCGCUGAGCGAGCGCGACGCGCCCAGGCAGCGGCUGCUGGUGCUGGUGCGCGACCACGGCGAGCCGCCGCUGUCGGCCAGCGUCACGCUGCACGUGCUGCUGGUGGACGGCUUCUCGCAGCCCUACCUGGCGCUGCCCGAGGCGGCGGCGGCGGCCGAGGCGGCGCGGCCCGACUCGCUCACGGUGCAGCUGGUGGUGGCGCUGGCGGCGGUGUCGUCGCUCUUGGUGCUGAGUGUGCUGGCGCUGGUGGCGGCGCGGCUGUGCGGCGCGGGCGGGGGCGCGGGCGGUGUUGGUGUGGGGGCGGGGUGUGCGGUUGGCGGCGGCGGCGCGGGUGCGGAGGGCCGCUUCCCGGGGCCGCUGCUGGACGUGAGCGGCGGCGGGACGCUGUCGCACAGCUACCAGUACGAGGUGCGCCUGACGGGCGACGCCGGGACCGGGGAGUUCAAGUUCCUGGAGCCCAUUAGUCCCAAUUAUCUGGCUCAAGGCACUUAGCAGGACUGUAACAAAACUCCAGUUUCAGUAAUACUUUUAUCAUUAACAAAAGAAUCAAAAAGUCUGACUAUGCAUGUUGCUUUUUAAAGUCAGUGAUUGUUCGUUGAUAUGUUUUUUAACUGUGUAGUUAAUCUAUGCAUACUCUUUUUAUCUCUUCCUAGCUUACCAAUGCAGUUUCAAUACCUUGUUUUCUUAAUUCAUAGGGAAGCAAAAAUAAAUUCAUUUUCUUUUAGUGGUGAUUUUAAAUAGGCUUGUUUCACUCAUCUCAACUUCUUAUCUCAAAGUGUUAUAGAAAGUAUUCCAAACCACAAAUUUUAGAGUUUACGUUUUUGGAUAUAUUUAUAUAAUGUGCUUUAUAAUAAUUCUGAGGUUGUUCUGCCCACAGUUAAUGAAGUGUGAGGAUAGAUAAGAAUGUGUUUUCUUUAAGGCAGAGUAAUAUACCACCUUUCUAGAUUACAGUACUUAUUUGAAUGUAAUACAUUUCAUUUUAUGUACUGACGUUUGUAAUAAUAUUUUAAUAUUGCACGUUUGUACUGGCUGAAAAUGGGCAAAAAAAUGUAUUCUACUAUAACAAAUUAGUCUUAGGUUUGCCUGAAGUACAUUCGCCUUGACUGACGGGAGAAAACCAGGCCAUUGGGCUUUUCUUAUUGGCAUGAAAACAUUGUGUAGUAAGGCAUCUGGUUGCAUGCAAAUCUGGUUUUCAUAAUUUUGAGAUGCAAAUUGCUAUCAACCGGAGGCCAUUUUUUUCCAAGAAAUUACAUAAAUAUAUGAUCUCUGAAAGCCUGUUGGUAAAAUUAGUGCCCACUCAGCACUACUUUUGUCAGUCUCUACUUGCUAUUUAUGUGGUGUUUUAGGGAGAAAAUAUUUUCUUUGCUUCUUUUCUUGGUUCCCUCCUUUCGAUUUCAAGCUGACAUGACUUCGGAUUAUAUAUGAUCCUUCUGGGAUAAAAACUGUCCAUCCACAUCAGCAUUCUAUCUCCUACAUUGUAAUUAAAAGGAGAUAGAGGCUGGCUCUGUGGCAUAGUGGGUAAUAAAGUCAACCUGGCAGCCCAUAUGCAUGCAGGUUUCAGUCCCGGCUGCUCCACUUCCCAUCCAACUCCCUGCUAAUGUGCCUGGAAAAGAAUAGGAGGAUGAGGAUGACCCAAAUGCCUGGACCCCUAUACCCAUGUGGGAAACCCAGGAAAAGCUCCUGGCCUCGGACCAGCCCAACUCCAGCCGUUGAGGCCAUUUGGGGAAUGAAUGCCUUUCAAAUAAAUAAGAUCUUAAAAAAAAAAAAA